CACGGCCUGCCCACAUCGCAGCCAUGCCAGCUCCGUAGACUCAAGGUUCUAUUCAAUAAAUCCCUGCUGUUUCUCCCUCGGGAAGUAACAUCAGAUCUUGCCUCUCCGGAUGCUUCAUUUCUAUACAAGCGCUGCAUCUGCGAGUAGGGCAACAGCAGAUGCAGCCGCAUCCGUAAUUGCAGCAAGGGGCGACAGGAAGCAGCCUUCUGGCUUCCAGCACGCCGGCCGAAAGAUGGGCGAUGAAAACAAGACAACAGCGCCUGCUAGCGGCCUGUCCAGGCAUGAUGAAUGGGAUGAAGGAGCGCAGAGUGUCUUUGAGUCAAGACCAGGAACAGCGACACUUCUAGAGGAUCUUCAGGAUUCACCAGCAGCAAUCUCUCGCGCCGGGCACAUCGGUAGCUGCACAAACCUUACCUAUCAGCAUCCCAGUGCAUCGUGGCCUUGUUGCCGCCACUUCUGUCGCCCAGGCACCGGGACGCUUGUAUGGAGCCAACAGCAGCCAGCCGCAGGGGCUGAGCAUAUAAGUGGUCCAUCAAAGUGGGGAUUGCGCUGCCAGAGGGCGUUGGUAUGCUGCUCGCCAAGCAUAUCAGUUGCCGACACUAUCGAUGGCGGCAAGUUUGCCAUCAACUGA